CUAAUAUACAAAUGAAUUUGUCUUCCUAGUACAACCGGCGUAGUUUGCAAGGGAAAAGUUGUGGAAAAGGCUUUUAGUGGGCUUUCCUACUAAAGGUGCGACGAAGAGCCACGUUGAUGAAAUGCGUCUUGCUUAUCGGGUCCCGAUCCCUUACAACCCCAAGCAAGCAUUUAGCGUUUGGGCGAAAUUGACUGGGUGCGAGAGUAGGUGCGUCUGUUCCGAGGGCUCCCGCGCCAUCCGCCAUACCUUUCGUAGAGCAGGCAGCAGCGCACACGGCUGGCGCCACCAUCGUCUCAAAAUCGCAGAGUUUCUGGACGCCUCCUUCACGAAUCGCGACCGUGGUGCUAUUGCUGCUGCCAGCGGCGAUAGCGGCGCCAAGGGAGCAAGUCCCAAGCAUCUGCGCCCGCUCGUUCUCAAGUCACUCAACCCUUCGUCGUACGUCCCUUUCAGAGGGGUUGCAAUGUCAGGCCCCGCGUCAAACCCACCUGCUGCGGCUGUUUGCGCGGAGCACGGCAACGUCCCACCUGCGCAACUGGCGACGCUGUCAGGCUAUCCAGCCCGAGUGGCGGGUUGCCUGCUCGGCAAGAUGUGCGGGGACGUGCUAGGAGCGCCGGUGGAGGGCUGGAGUGCGGAGGAGGUGCGGCGGCGCAACGCGGCGGGGCUCACCUCUUUCCUGCCCACGGAGCGAGGCUACGGUUGCUACACAGACGACACCCAGAUGGCCAUAGCGCUCACCCGCAGCCUGCUGGCGUGCGGCGGUCGCUGCGAUGACCUGCACGCCGCACGCAGCUACGCAGCGGAGUUCCAGCCCACGCGGGGGUACGGCGGUACUGCAUACAAGCUGCUAGCGAGCCUCCAAGUGGAGGGCAUCGAUGCGGAGUCGCUCAAGACGAUCGGCACCAAGUACAUCCCCGGUGGCUCCUUCGGCAAUGGAGGCGCCAUGCGCAUUGCGCCGCUGGCGCUGGCCUACAGGCAUGCGCCUCCCACCGUCCUCCGCGUCGCCGUCGCCGCCGCCCUCCGCUGCACCCACGUGCACCCAACCGCCAUUGACGGCGCUUUCGUCAUCGCACUCGCCGUGCGCUACCUAGCAACCCACGAUCCGAGCCCUGUGGCUGCUCGCGUCCCAAGCCCUCAGCCGCUGCCUCCAGGCGCCUCCGCCACAGCGGGCGUAGCCGCAACAAGGACUGGGGCAGCCUCCGAGCGCUCCCCGGAGAGCGCUGACGGCGUAGCUGACCCGUGGGUCGGCGGUGACAGUGGCGACGCUGCUGCUGGUGCGCCGGUGACUGGGCCAGCGGCAGCGGCAGAGGAGUCUGAUGCGAGUGUGUGCAGUCCCGUGGGUCUGUUCGACCACUUGCUGCUGCAGCGGGGGCUGCUGGAGACGGAGGAAAUGCUGGCGAAGCUGCUGGCGGUGCGGGCUGCUUGGGUGCAGGCACCGUCUUUCAAGCGGCAAGGCGAGCCCUGGUCCACCUACUUUGAUUCCUCCGGCUGGGCGACGGAGCUGGGGCUGCAGGCGGCGGUUUCGGAGCCCUUCCAAAUUCGCGCGAAUGAGGCGGCAGCAGCCGCGCUGUCGGCGCUGUGCUGGCACUGGGACUGCCCCGAGGAUGCGGUUGUGGCGGCGGUGCACUACGGCGGCGAUACGGACACGGUUGCCGCGAUCACCGGUGCAAUGGCUGGAGCGCUGCACGGCGUAUCUUGGUUGCCGCGGCGAUGGUGGGAUGAACUGGAGAAUGGGCCCGCGGGUCGUGACGAGGUCAUUCAUCUGGCUGCAAAACUUGCACUUGUUGAUACGCGCGAAUAGUAAGGUCGGAACCACCUGUCCUAUCUGUGGCAUGAACCUCCAUCGGCUGGACGCGUGCCUUGAUGCACUUGUGCGGCAUGCAAGUUUACAUUGCCAGUGGUGCUCUUUCCUAUGUAGCUACUAUGAAGAUGCUUAUACCUAUAUAGUUAAUAUAAGAAUUGUACCUGUCACUGGAUCCCACUUCCUUUCUGGCGCGCUUGCAUGGGUAGCGCUUGUUCGGUUAAGCCUCGUGCAUACUUAACGUACAGCGUAACCGGCUUGGCGUCUGCACAAGGGCUUAUGAGGGCUACCUCGCUGGAUAGUUGCAAGGUAGGCUUGCGGACGUUGUUGUCGCCCACCAUUGCCGCCGGGGCAGCUGGACGGGCUGAGGUCUACUAUCCCUUUUAUCAGGACAGUAAUAUAAUGACAUAAACAGCUAUAGCCAUGUGCUACGGUGGACGCUUCCCUCCUCAGAAAACUACUUAGCUGCACCUUCAUGGCUUUCUUACUUGUAGCUACACUCUCGGCCCUUAGUUGCAAAGUGCAUAUUGCUAAAUGAGGUUUUCCUGUAGGUGGCAUACGUCCAUCGCCUAUCAGGAAUGGUGGAUUGCUAUUUUCGGUAAGCGCUGCACCCCGUGACGAAGCGGACUGCCGCAUUCGAUAUGCCAUAAGGCUGGACAAGCUUUACAGUCUGGGCAAGCCUUACAGUCGGGGUGUGUCUGGUGACGAGGACUUCGACGCUCAGCAGCGUUACAAAGGCCCCCCUGUCUGGCGUUUACAAAGCGCGAGGUUGCGCCCACGCAGCUGCAGCUGCGGGCUGCAGGACGGAAAGCCCUAGGCGCCCGGGCUCUAUACCGGGCGCCGGGGCCGGACCUCGCCAUGUGUGCAUGGCCACCGCAUUGGGCUUUCCCCAGCAUGCGAGUAAUGCUGCUCCUGCUAGCGCUGGCAGCAACAACAGAAUCAGCAAAGCGACCACCCCCCCCACAGCAGGCGCCCCUACCACCAGCAACUCCAGCAGAGCCACCUACAGCAUGUCCACCGCACACCGAUAGUUGUACUGUCUUCACCCCAACCCCCAAGUCUAUGACUUGUGCACGGGCGGCUAAGAGCGCCAACAUCACCCUCGCCCAGCUCAGGGCCUUCAACCCAGGCAUCGACUGCACGUGGAACGUCCCGGAAGGCUGCUCCUUAUGUACUGCAGCACCCCUGCCACCUUCGCCCCCGUCACAGCCCCCGCAACCCCCAACCUCACCUCCUCAAAUCCCCUAUGCGCCGCUCCGGCCCGUUCGUUUGAAGUUGUCUCCACCGCCGCCGGCAAUGCAACCGCCGGCUGGGCCUAUGACACCACCUCCGCUACCACCACCACCCCCCAUGCCACCGCCGCCACCACCACAGCCUCCCUCGCAGCCGCCGCCCCGUCCCUCCCCUCCACCUCCUUCCCCUCCACCGCCGUUCCCUCCACCUCCUUCCCCGCCCCGUCCCUCCCCUCCACCUCCUUCCCCGCCCCGUCCCUCCCCUUCACCUCCUUCCCCGCCACCGCCGGCCCGCCCAGCCGAACCACCGCCGGUACCUGCCCCGGCUGCACCCCGGGAUCCGUCGCCGCCACCGCCCAUCAGGUGGAGGAACCCCAGGCCGCCGCCCACGAAAACCCCUGAGCAGCCGCCAGCUGCCCCAGAAUCAAGGCCCCCACCCUCACCGUCCCCACCCUCGCCGCCGCCGCCGCCUCUGUCACCGCCACCGCCCUCACCCCCGCCGCCUGUGUCCCCGCCACCGCCCCCGCUACCAUCAUCGCCGCCGCGGCCGCCACCGCCUCUGCCGCCAUCAUCACCGUCUCCACCAAUACCAUCACCACCGCCUUUGCCGCCGCCGCCACGUCCGCCGCCUAAGAGAAUCAGGAAUCCCAAACCACCACCGCCACCACUGAACCCCGAUGCGCCUCCGCCAGAUGACGGCUUCACGUCACCGUUGGGGCCCUCAAAUCCGCCCUCGACGCCCCCAUUGUCGCCACCCCAGCCGCCGCCUCCGCCGCCAAGGCCUCCGCCACCGGUGGAGACCACCAAGGAGUCAUCACUGUCCGUGCAGCCGCCGGAGGACUUAUUGCGAUCUGAUCCGCCGCCGCCAACACGGCGACCUCCGCCACCACGGCCUCCGCCGCCGCGUCCGCCGCCACCGCGCCCGCCGCCGCCACGGCCGCCGCCGCCGCGCCCUCCACCGCCACGGCCCCCUCCACCUUCGCCACCACCGCCGUCUCCUCCUCCAACUCCGCCGCCACCAUCCUUUCCACCGCCGCCGUCACCACCGCCUCCCACUGUCGUGUCCUCCCCACCCCCAAGGCCCCCUCCACCUUCCCCACCCCCGCCGCCGCCGCCGCCAGCACCUCUCGAUGCCGCCAAUGAUCCGAGCGUUCCGACAAGUCCCUGGUACGUUGACAUCAACUCCACGCUGGCGCGUCACAACAUGUACCGCGGCUGGCACCAGGCGCCCGCGCUGGCCUGGAGCGCACGGCUGCAGCAGGCGGCGCAGGACUGGGCGGACAACUGCUGGUUUGAGCACAGCUCCACAUCCUAUGGUGAAAACCUUGCGCUGGGCCACCCGAACAUCGUAGCAGCCGUUGAUGGUUGGUACUCGGAGGUCGACAAAUACGAUUUCAGCAGCCCAGGGUUCAACUCCCUGACGGGUCACUUCACGCAGCUGGUGUGGUACCGCACCUACCUGGUUGGGUGCGCCAUCGGAGUGUGUCCGGACGGGGUGUCGUACGCGGGAGGGCAGUGGGUCGGCAAGCUCUACGUCUGCAUGUACUGGCUGCCAGGCAACUACGCCGGACAGUUUGCCAAUAACGUGUUCCCGAAGCUUGCCAGCUCGACCUCUCGCCGCCGGCGGCGGCGGAGGCUACGCACGCACAUGCCGGAGUUGUGAAGGAAAGUUCGCUGCCUUAAUGAGUGAGGGGCGCCCCUGGGUGCCCGCCUCCUCAUCCUUCCUUCCAACCUUCCUUCUCCUUCCUCGCUCCUCCUUUUUCUCCUUCUUCUUUCUCUGGGCAUCCGUGAGACGGCCCACGACCGCGUAUAUGCCCUUGGACUGCUGCUGCUGCUGCUUGACGGUUGCUGCUGACGGUUUGAGUAACUGGGAAGCCCGCUCCGGGAGUGUCGACGAGAUGCAGGGGCGACCUGUAGAUAUGACGAACGACCUGACUGACAUGCCCUAUGAUGCCUGUGUGUCUUUCUAUCGUCCCUGAAGCUUGGAGCCGUGCACCCAAUGGUGCUAUUUUUCGGCGCGAUUCAGGUGAUCUCUCAACCGCUCGUAUUGCGCAAGUGAGGGGGAACGGGGUGUGCUGCUGGGUGUCUGGGUCUGGGUGCGUGAUGGAUGUCCCGGGGGUGUGCUGCGACUGGAAUGGCAGGCGGGUGGGUUCGCUCGCAAGCCAGUGAUGUGUUACCCCUGCGUGUUUACUAUCCUAAAUGGUUUGUAUAUUGUUGAGCUACUAUCCUAGAUGGUUUGUAUAGUGUUGAGCCCCCUAUUGGAACGUCUAGUGGGAUAUUGUGGUUUGGUUUUCCUCUGACCCCUACUGGAACCGACGUAGGAGCCUCUGGCUGACACAGGGGCUCUUGGGCCUGGUUUGGGCGCUCGUCCGUGAUCGGGUGUGAGGUUGUUGUACGGGUGGAUCUCGUCCUGGCUGCAAGGAGUGCCAGAAGGGUCCGAAACCGCAAGACUGCAGUGGUUGCUGUGACGUUGCUCGCGAUGUAUGACGCUGGUGUGUUUGUACGGGAUGCUCGGCUGUGUUAAGCAGUAGUGAGGUGCUGGGGUAGCCAGCUGGGAAUUUGUACAGAUGCGGCGCUAUUUGCGGGAUCAUGGCUUUGGAUUUGCGGGAUCAAGGGGUCCUGUGGGUUUGGUCUGCGGUUUGUGUGCAUGUGUGUACGGAUGUACCGGUUUGCACCUCUCCCCCACGGCUAUGGCGUUGCGUUUCCUUACCUCGUUGCGUUGGUUCUGCUGAGAUGCAGGAGGCGUACGUUGACAUCUUGGGACAGCAGGUGGUUCAUUAUCAUGAGUUCAUGACCCCCGGUCCCAAUGUUUGGACUUCAACAAUUGUACCGGUACUGUGGACGAUAGCAAGGCUGCAGAUAGGCUGUGACCAGAAUUCUACCAUGCUUUUGCUUUCGGGUUUGGGUUGCAGGCAUUUAGGUUGGAGCUGUGCUGGGACCUGUUUUGGCUUCUUGGGCGUCCUGGGAGUAUCGCCGUCGUUGUUCCUUCCUGGUGUUGUCGUGAGGACGGCGGACUCAGGUUCCUGACAUAGUGCCUCAGCUAGAUGGGUUGAGUAGCUGCCAUUGGUCGAUGCGAAGAACCGCACCACGAGCGUCGGCACAGCGUCCUCCGGCUGGGUUGGUUAGUGUGUACGGCGUUGCAGGAUGCCAAGCUACGUGGGCCGUACGCUCCCCCUAGCGGCUCAUAUGGCGUUCGCAAGGCACGUUCCGACGCUAUGCCUCGAUAUCGACGUAGACCUUGACAUGACGUUGUAGGUCUGGUAAGUCCCGAGGCCUUGAUGCCACCUUUAGUCUCUUUUGCGAGGGCUUUCAUGCGGGGCUUUAUUAGCAUGCGCGGUGGCCUUUGUAGUACGUCUGGUGGUCUGGUCUGUGGGCUUGUGGACGUGUAGACAUUUUGGCAUGUACGAAGCGUGCUUGUGGAGGCACCGGUAAACCGUGCGAGAUGGCCGUUGGGAAAACGUACCCCCUGCCGCAGUCCUACAGAACCUACGAGGGUGCGAAGCCAUGCUAGGUUCGGUAUUAGUUUGCCGUUGAGCUUCAGAAGCAUAAGGUCUAUGUUCAUUGGAUUGGGUGAGAGAGCGCUUAUGAGACGAGCCCAAACGUGGCCCCAGGGACCCCUCGCAAUGCGGGCGCCAAUUGCCGUGCCACAUGCUGUCAGUGUUUGCUGGUCCUCCUGUGCAUUGGCGUUGGGCCUAAGCUAGCUGACCGGGAGGCGAAUACCCCCCACUGCUUGCGUUGCGCGGUUAUGCAUAUGAUGCGUGUGCCAUCCGCUAUGCGCUGCUUGGGGUUGCAAGGGCUCCCAUUGCAAGGGUUUAGAUGCAGUCUGGGUAUAUGGUGCAAGCAACCUUCACUCUCGCCGAUAGCAGACGAGCCCCCUUUCUCGCUAAACACUGCAAGGGCACGGGGGUCAUGACUACGGGCUUCAAGGGAGGACCAGCUCAUGGCUUACGCAGUAACCUUAGUCUCC